AUGCCACCGACCGGAAAACGACUUGCAGCGUCGGGCAACGCUGUCGGUGCCCUUGACAAGGGAUGUGUUAGGAUCGCGGUCAGCGUCUCGGGCGUGGGGCAGCAAAUCCGCCCGCUCAGCUCCGAGGCGAAGCGGAUGCUGCCACACGAGCUGGCGCCGAUCCACCUCGCGGCGGGUGAGGCGGUCAUCUACCACGGCGCUACAAGCCUGCACGGCUGCCGAGCGCUGGGGCCCUCCGAGGAGCGGUGGACGAUAACCCUCUUCUACUCGCUGCUGAAGGGCGUACACCGCGCGUACGCCGACAACUACGGCGUGGACGGCGUUGGGUGGAGCGAGGACCGCGAGGAGUUUGAGGAGGAGCAGAGCGGCAUGCAGUGGCACCCCGCGGCGCACGUGGCGGGGAGGAUGCACUGUAGGCAUGCGUUUGGCGGUGCACGCGCGAACCGAUGCUGCCGGCCGCACCGUAACACACCAAAAAACUACUUUGUCUUCGAGUGA